GUAGGAUGCCUGCUUUUGAACAUAUUCAUUUCUACACCAGUAAAAUGGUGUUUUUGCCUGAAGACAUACUGGAAUAUGAAUGUGCGGAUGGAUACCAAACUGUAAAUAAAAUCUCAAGGCGUCACACAAUAUGUAGCAUAAAUGGAUGGACUCCAGAGCCCCAAUGUUUUGCAAUAGAAUGUGAGAUGCUGAUGCUGCCCCAUGGAGAGGUUUUCCCCAAGGAGGACAAAUAUCUUAAUGGAGACGUUGUGACAUUUUCCUGUGCAAAACGUUACACCAGAGUAGGACCUGACUCUGCUCAGUGCUAUUACUUUGGAUGGUCCCCAGCACCUCUGACAUGUAAAGUGGAAAUCAAAGCUUGUGGGAGACCACCCAGCAUUACGAAUGGGAAUAUUAUCAGUGAACUUCACAAGAAAUAUCAGCAUGGUGACUCAGUGGAAUAUGACUGCAACCUCAGAUUUAAAAUGAUCGGAUCAGAGAGUAUAGAAUGUGUUGAUGGAGAAUGGUCAUCUUCACCCUUUUGCAUUGAAGAGGAAAAAACUUGUCUACCACCCUCCAAUAUUGCCAGAGGGAGUGCCUUCAGUGUAAACCAGAACUGAUAUUUUCAUGGUGAUGCUGUGGAGUAUGGCUGUGAAGGAAACAUUGAAAUUGUUGGGACAAAUAUCAUAAAAUGUCUUAGUGGAGAAUGGACAUCUUUACCUUCAUGUGCUGAUCCAUCUGUGAAAUGUGCACUUCCAAGGAAUCUUGAGAAUAUCAGAUUUUUAUCAGUUUACAAUUUUCAAAAGAGUUUCUAUCACAAAGAUGUUGUAAAAUACAGAUGUAAUUCAGAUGUCAAACUUAAACAAACAGUCUGUGAAUAUGGGAAAUGGUCACCCAAGCCAGAAUGCAUUGAGAAUAAAAGAAAAUGCACACCUCCCCCUCAGCUACCAGGAGCCUCCAAGAUAACAGAGAAAAGAAGUUAUGAGACUGGUGAAAAAAUAACUUUUACGUGUCUGGAAAAUUUCAAGCUUCAUGGAGUGAAAGAAAUAAUGUGUGAAGGUGGGAAGUGGCAGUCACCACCACACUGUGUUGAAGAAAAAUCAUGUUUGCAACCAUAUCCCAUAGAAAAUGGUGAGAUUAAGUCUAGAAAAUCGAAGCUUAAGAAUGGAGAAACCAGGACCAGUGACUUAUCCGAAUGGUGCGACAUUAAAGUACAGCUGUAAUGCGGGCUUCAUGUUAAGAGGCCCAUCAGAAAUAACCUGUAAUAUGGAAAAAUGGACUUCACCACCUGCCUGUAUUGAUGCAACAUGUGGAGAUCCACCUGCAGUUGCCAAUGCUGAGAUCAUAGACCAUAGAGACAGAAGAUAUUGGCCUGCUGAAAGAGUGCAGUGUCAGUGUCAUGAAGGUUUUGAAAGUCAUGGACCAAAUGAUGUCACCUGUAUAAACAAGGAAUGGUCACAACCUCCAACUUGCGAAGAUAUGAUGUGUGGACCUCCACCUGCACUUACUAAUGGUCAGAUUCUAGGGUAUAGAAACCAAAAGUAUUUGCCUGGUGAGAGAGUGCGCUAUCGAUGUCAACAAGGGCUGAGCCUCAUUGGGUCACAGACAGUGACAUGUCAGAAGAAAAAAUGGUCAGAAUCACCAGAGUGCAGAGAGGCUGGUGGAAAGUGUGGGCCUCCACCAAGAAUUGAUAAUGGAGACAUUGUUUCAUUCCCAUUAAAACAAUAUGUACUAAAUUCAACAGUGGAUUACAAAUGCAAAAGUUUGCAUAUAUUGGAGGGACCUCAAAGUGUUAGAUGUGACUCUGGACAAUGGACAGACCCACCGGUUUGCUUAGAGCCUUGUACUAUAACCCCAGAGGAUAUGGAGAGGAACAAAAUACAGCUGAGACGGCCUUAUGAAAAAAAAUUCUAUGUUUUAUCAGGGGUCUUUGUUCAAUUUGUGUGUAGAUGGGGAUAUAAAUUGGAUCCAACAUCUUCUGGACUUAGGGUACAAUGUUUAGAGGGGAGUCUGGUAUACCCUAAAUGUAAACACAGGAAUAAGUAAUCUUUAGUUUAACCACAAUAUUGAUGACUUGUCCACUAAGCCAAUUAUUUAUUUAUUUAUUUUUAUUGAGGAUGUCUAAGGGUGUGUAAAAUACAAUCAAUACAUGACAUGGUGACUGAACAGAAUGAAAUGUAAUAUUCUCUGAAAUUCUAAUGUAUAAAGUGAGAUUUCUGCCUUGUUCACAAGAUAAAAGCUGCUGCUUAAUAUCACAGAGUGUUGAAUAUUCCAGUAGAAAUAUGCAAGUUGUUAUUAAGAAAUUAAAAACAUGAGACCAGAUCCCCAGCUGGGAUAAAUCAGUGUAACUCUGUUAAUUUGGAGAGGUUAUUUUGGUAAUGGUGUUUUAAAUGGAGAAGGAACAGGGAAACUUGGAUACUUUAAUCCAAAAAUAUGUUUUAAGUGUCCUCUAAUGACAUUAAGAGAUUUUUCUUGGCACCCAACCCUGUGCCAAGAAUUAUUCACAUGACAGUCUCCCGCCUCAUGCUUCAUACUGGCUCUUUGGCUCAAGCCCCAAGAGCAUUUGUUUGUAAAGUUUGUAUAUAACAGACAAGACUAUAGAGAAUUCUACAAUAAGGAAAUUGACAGUUUGUGGUUGAUAAUACUAUAUCUGGUCCCCUUCUGUGGGACAUUCUGGAAUUUUGAUUUUAAAAAAAUCAUUCUGUUUCAGAACAAAGAGUGAAAAUUUUCCAUGGAAGGGAUGUUCCAAAAACAUUUCAUUGACAAAGAAUUGAAGCAUUUAUUUUGAAAAUUUCAAAAAGAUAUUCCAUGGCAGAGAGCCCAAGUCUGAGGCUCCUGGUUCAGCCAUGUCUCUUAGGGCUUCCGGAUUCCUUGCCACAGAGCUAGCUCAGUCACUGAGAAGACCUGGGACUUUCUGUCAUGGAGCCAGGAGCCUGGGAGCUCUCAGGGCUACCAUUAGCUUCAAAAAUGUAUAUUUACAAAUAACUUUUUUACUUUCUAUUAUUUAUAUCUGAUCUCUGAUGGUUCCUGAGGAUGAAUGAAAAUAAGCAUCUAACUGUAUCUUUAACCAGCAUCUUAUGUUCAAUAUCCAUUAACCAGUUAUUUGUAAUAUUCACAGAUUAUCUCCUGGGUUUUUUUUGGCAUAUUUGCCUGGAUUGCAGUUUACAUGUAUUGGUUACACACUCAUUUAUUUAUGUCUUUGAUCAAAGGUACAUUUCUACAACUAAUUUCAAGUAAAGCAGGCAACUGGGUUUGGAUAAAAGAAGAUCUGAGCCAAAUCUUCACCCCAAACUCAAACCAAAGCCAAACCUUUUUUUGAUGCUUAAAACGAAAUCACAUAUGCUUCUGCACUUCCUAUUUUUGCUAAUAUGCUGGUAGAAGCAGCAGUAUUUCCCACCUGGCCAAAAGGAGGAAGUAUGGGAAAUCUCACUAGCAACGUUGAUCUUGUACCAGAAUGUUGGUUUUGUUCAGGAAAACAUUCAGACCUUUUUACCAUCACUGUUAAAACAGACUUUUGGGAAAAGAAAAUAAUUUAGUAGAUGCAACCACAAUGUAUUUUAACAGAAUUAUAUAGAAACGAUUGUUCCUUUUGGUUAAAGUUUAAACAUGCACAAUCUUAAUUUUCUUUUUUUAAAAUGAAAACAGUGUAUAAAACAUUUAGCAAUUAA